GCAAGGGCCAAAGCCGACUUCGUUAAAUGAUAACUUCCCUCCCAAAGUGCUGUGCUUGGCAGCGCUGCCUGUACCUAUUAAAAGGUGCCGUUGGAGGAGGGUAAUAAAGAGUGGGACGGGUUGUUCCUCCCUACCCCCACCCCUCUGCAACUCUUGAACAGAGACAGGGCGCGGCUUGGAGAAAGAGGGAGCUCCACCUCCCGUUUGCCUCGCCUUACGCAUUUGCCAAAGCAAAGGCUCUGUUGAUUGACGGCCAGGACCAGCUAUGGCGGAGGAAGCUGCGGCUGCAAGCAAAGGCGGCGAAACUUAGCCAAGAAGAGCCGCAGCAGCAGGGAUCCACAGCAUGGAGCAAACAACGGCGGCGUCAGCAGCACCAGUGGCCAUCACCAUCACCGCGUCCUCCUGCUAGGGGCUUGUUGCCGACUGCUUCUGCACCCCUUUUCUGCCUCACUUUGUCUUUCUUUGCUCCGCUUCUUCAGUGCUGGGAGGGAGGCAGGCAGGCACGCAAGGCUGGGUGGGCGCCUGAUUUCUUCUCCCUGGAGGUAAAGGAAGUCGGCCACAGGCACGCAGGGAAAUGCAUUUCCUGCACCCAGGAAAAACUGCAGGAGCAGCAGAAGCCCAGUGCAGCAAAUAUGGCUGCGUGUGGCUGCAGGGGCUCCUGAAAGGAGGCUCUUGGAGGAACUGAAGCCUCUCUCCCUUCAGCCCCCUUCUUUUGUAUAGACGCCCCCCCAACACCCCCCCCGGAGUGGAAGAGAAGUUGGUUUGAGCUUUCCUUUAUAAGGUGGAAAUGAAGCGAGUCCUUCGCCAAAACCGGAGCCAAUUCGGAGCUUGCAACCGGGUGCAGCCUCUGUAACUCCUAGAUUUUGCCAGGAAGAAGCCAGAAGGAGGGAGGGGGAUAAAAAUAAUAGAAGGAAUUUUCUUUUUCGUGGGGGGGUGAGUGAGUAGGAGGGGGGUGCCGAAUUGUUAGGAAACGAAGGAACCAAGCCAUCCCCCGCUCCUCAAUGCAAGAUGACCCGCUGUAGGAAAGGUAUUUUUUAAGAGCUACCUGUUUGAUUUGGAGUUUGGGGAUUUGGGGGGGGGGCGUUUGGAGGAAGCAGCAAAAGAGCAACAGUUGUUUUUCCUUUUGCAUAACUUUGCCCUGAGUGUGUGGAAGGAAGCCUCUCCACCACCACCCCUUUUUCCCUUUUCUCUGACAUUCUUCUAUCCUGGAGCGUUGAUCAGAGAGAAAGGGAAAUGUAGACGCUCUUUUCCCUGGCUUCGUGGUGGGGAAAGAAAGAUAAGUGUUGGAGCUCUCUCUCCUCCCCCACCCCACCCCCCGCCUAUUGUCUGGAGGGAAGAAGAAAGGGAGGAAGGAGAGCGAGGAAGAAAAAGAAAAGUUGUUUAGCUCCCUUUGAUUGCAGGGGGUGGGCGGGGCCUGUUGUGCGGGAAGGAAGGAAGGAAGUAGGGAGAGGGAGAGAGAAGGAAAGAAGCAACCCCAUCACAAAGCAUCUUCUCUUUGCAACUCUGCCUCUUGCGCGCCCCCGGUUGUUCUUCCUCUUCCGAGGCGAGGAGUUGAGUUACUUUCGGAGGCUCGAGUGUUGUCGGCUGCCAUGGAGCCAAAGCACAAAGAGUUGUUGGCCCAGUGUCAUCAGAGCCUGGCCCAGGCCAUGACGGAGGUGGACAAGGUGAUCGAGCUGCUGGAGGCUGCGGGGACCUUGAGCCCCCGCGACUUGCAAGAACUGCAGGAAGCCGGAAUGGUUACGGGGGGAGGAGGCGGAGGAGAAGAAGGUGGCGGUGGGGAUGGAGGCGGAGGAAGGGAGAGAGCCUCUGCUGGCGUCUGCAAGGCCGAUCUGCUUAUCAAGCUGCUCCUGGCCAAAGAUCGGGAUCAUUUCCAAGACCUCCGUGUGGCCCUGGAGAAGACGCAGCCUCACCUGCUUGCCAUUCUGUACCUGAACAACGGCGUGGCUGGCGUGCAGCCAGGCGAGGCGGCUGGGUCAACUUACAGCGUCCUGUCCAUAAUGCCAUCAGACUCUGACAGCAGCAGUUCUCUUAGCAGUACUGGUACAACGGGUAAAGCAUCAUCACCACCCCCUGCAGUCGUAGAUGUGAGGCAGAUGAAUGAGAAACUGGAGACAAUUGUGUUUCAGCUCCGCCAGGUUACCCGUGAGCGGGAUGAGUUGCGGAAGCGUCUUGCACUGUCCUCUCCUGGGUCAACCUUUGACGACUGCAGGCCUAGCCCGAAGCCAAACCACGACUACGAAAGAUUGAAGAUACAGUGUAUGAAGGCAAUGUCAGAUCUGCAGUCUCUACAGAACCAGCACACCAAAACGCUAAAAAGAUGUGAAGAAGCUGCUAAGGAGGCUGAUUUCUAUCAUACGUUACACAGUCGUCUGCUGAGUGACCAGUCACAGCUGAAGGAGGACAUGGACACCUUGAAGCGGAAGAACAGCCAGUUGGUACGAGAGCACAAUCACCUCCAGCAGUCGUGUGAGGAAAUGAAGAGACUUCAUGAUGAGGAUCAGAAAGAGAUAACAGACCUGCGCAGUCAGCAGCAGCAGGUUAUGAAGCAGAAUGGGUCAUCAGAGAUACUAAAUAAACUGUAUGAUACAGCAAUGGACAAGCUAGAGGGUGUAAAGAAGGACUACGAUGCACUAAGGAAGCGGUACAAUGAGAAGAUUGCAAGCCACAAUACUGAUCUGAGCCGGUUAGAACAGACGGAAGAGGAGAACAGACGCCUCCAGAAACAGAUUGACAUGUUGAUAAAACAGCGGGACACAGCAAUACACUUCCAGCAGCAAUACUCCUCCUCUCUGAGAAGAUUUGAGACUGUGCAGCAAGAACUGAGCAAAGCCACUGCACAAAACAAGGAGCUGCAAAGAGAGAUGGAGCGGUUACAGUCAGAAGUGACAAGGUUUAAAACGAUGCAGCUGAAGGCGGUGAAGGAUGCAGAGAAGUACAAGGAAGAGAGGGACUCUGUUUUCAGCGAGUACCGCCUCAUCAUGAGCGAGAGGGAUCAAGUCAUCAAAGAAGUUGAUAAGCUCCAAACAGAACUGGAACUUGCGGAAUCGAAACUGAAAAACACAUCCUCGGAGAAAAGAGUGGCCAGUGAGGAAAUGGAAGCCUUAAGACAGGAGCUGAACUCUGCUCUAGUGGAACGCGAUCGAGCAAUCUGUGAAAGGAAUGAGCUCUUGGAAAAGUACUGCCAUGAAGUGAAAGACAAGGCUGAAGCCCAGAAGGACCUGGACCAAGCAUGCAAGGAUAUUGAGACGGUGAAGGAAGAGAGAGAUGUGGCUCGGAAGGAAAGAACAGAAGCCAUCAUCCAGAGAGACCAUCUUCUUAGAGAAUAUUAUCAAGCUCGCCAGAUACAAGAUUCUGCUACACUGGAUAUAGAAAGAGCUAACAAAGAAAUUGAAAUGCUCCGGAAGCAGUACGAGGCAAUGUCACAGGAGUUAAAAGAAGCUGUCCAGGAAGCAGAAGUCGCAAAAUGCAGAAGAGAUUGGGCCUUCCAGGAACGUGACAAGAUUGUUGCGGAACGUGAAAGCAUACGGACGCUGUGUGAUAACCUGAGGAGGGAGAGAGACAGAGCAGUGAGUGACCUGGCUGAGGCUCUUCGCAAUCUGGAUGAUAUGAGGAAGCAAAAGAAUGAUGCUGUGCGUGAACUGAAAGAACUGAAAGAGAAGAUGGAGAAUCAGUUGGAAAAGGAGGCGAGGUUCCGGCAGUUGAUGGCCCACAGCUCUCAUGAUUCAGCCAUUGAUACGGAUUCUCUAGAGUGGGAAACGGAAGUAGUAGAGUUUGAGAAAGACAGGGAAGAUAUGGAUUUGAAAGCCCUUGGUUUCGAUGUGGCCGAAGGUGUGAAUGAACCAUAUCUUCCAGGAGACUGUGGAAUAUUUGUUACCAAAGUGGACAAAGGAAGUAUUGCAGAUGGGCGAUUAAGAGUGAAUGAUUGGCUGCUGAAGAUAAAUGAUGUGGACCUUACUAACAAGGACAAGAAGCAAGUAAUAAAGGCAGUGCUUAAUGGUGGAGGAGUUAUUAAUAUGGUUGUUCGCAGAAGGAAGUCCUUAGGAGGGAAGGUGGUUACACCUCUACAUAUCAAUCUUUCUGGCCACAAAGAUAGUGGAAUUGGUCUAGAAAAUGGAGUAUUUGUUGCUACUGUAGUGCCUGGUAGCCCAGCUGCCAAAGAGGGAUCCCUUGGAAUGGGAGAUAGGAUAAUUGCCAUAAAUGGCAUUGCACUAGAUAAUAAAUCACUGACUGAAUGUGAAGCUUUGCUGCGAAACUGCAGGGAAUCUCUUACGCUUUCAUUGAUGAAGGUUUUUCCUCAGAGCUCAGUCUCAUCUUGGAGUGGUCAAAACAUAUUUGAAAACCUCAAGGAUUCAGACAAAAUAUCAAACUGUAGGGUCCAUGCAUCAGAGGUACAAGUUCAGAACAAAAGAAAUUUAAAACACAACAGCUCAACCCAAACAGACAUUUACAGUCCAGAUAUAAUGGAUGUCAAGAAGGACCAGAGUGAUCAAGAGAGUGGCUUGUACUGCGAUCUCAAACCGUUCUCCAACAGCGUUUUACACACAGACUCUCAUCGGAGCACAGUCCAUGGGUGCCACAGUACCUCAGAACACAGCCUUGGCUCCUUUAGUCCAGAUGUGUAUGGGGAGCCAAGCUACGGGAUUGUUAAUCUGGACAACAGGAGGCUGCCUUUUGAGCCCACGGUUGCAGACUGUAUGGUGGUUGAGAGCACAUUAGACAAAGGGCAUGAUGGGAAACACAGCGGUGGCACUUGGCCUAAAAUAGUGGUCAGCAUUGCAACAGCAGAAACUGACAAAUUUUCUGUGUACAAAAAGCCAAAACAGAGGAAGUCCAUAUUUGAUCCUGACACUUUCAAAAGGCCUCUGACUCCUCCCAAAGUGGACUAUUUGUCUCCCAGUCAGGUGUUGGGACAUUCUCCCCAGCCGUCCAAAAAUGAAGUCAUUUCCACCCCUCCUACACCUCCUAAGAGAAGUGAUUCUAUUAAGUUUAAACACAAACAGCAAGCAAGUUCAGCUUCAGAUUCCACCGUCACAACUGGCUCGCCACCAACCAGUCCUGCUACAGCUCAGCCUCCUGUGUCCAUUGACCUCAAACCAGACUGUGGUAUUCAUAAGGGGAGAGGUAGACCCUCUGGACAUUAUUACAGGGAAGAGGGGGUUGACUCUGCCCAUUUGCCUUCAAGAAAAUCCUGUGAAGAUGACAUUGGCUUUCAAAGAGUGGAAGAGCCUGAAAUUAAAAGACCAAGGCCCAAGUCUGCUCCUGCCUUGAGGCAUAAACUGACCCCUGUGCCUGUUCCUAACCUAUCUCAUCAGGUACAAAAAUACACUCCAGCAAGUGAAGAGCAUCUUUCUCCUGAGCUACAGGAGUGGCCAACGUAUUCACCAAAACGGUCCAGUAGGCACAGUGAUGGGUUUGUGCCUACCUCUUUAUACCCUGGAAGCCUGUCAGCAGGUACAGUACCAAGAAACAUUGCACCGUGUCCUGCAGUAACAGCUGUUAUGAGAAAUCCUAUUUACACUGCAUGGAGCCAUAGAGUUAACACCAGCAAUUGUCCAUCUGUCAGCCAAUAUUGUCAUCAGCAUCUGCAUCCCAGUGCUCAACACCAAGGCCGUCUAAGUUUGGACUUGAGUCACAAGCACUCUAGUGAGUGUUCCGACAACUCGCGGACAAGAUCAUCACACGGUUCAAAUUCACUGCCCUCUAGUGCAAGACUUGUAGGUUCUUCCAGCAACUUGCAAUAUAGGACAGAACGAAUAAAAAUACCACUGACACCAAGGUACCCGAGGUCCGUCAUUGGCUCUGAUAGGGGUUCAUUGUCCCAUUCCGAAUGUAGCAGCCCAAGCCUGAUAACUCCUCCACAGUCACCACUUAACCUGGAGACCUCGUCCUUCGCCAGUAGCCAGUCGCAAAAUUCACUUUCUACCUUGCCCAGGAUCUCAGUGAGCCCAGUAUCAAUAGGACAACGUCGAAAAGACAAGCCAUAUAUGGAAGAACCACGUCAUGUUAAAGUGCAGAAGGGCUCUGAGCCGCUUGGAAUCUCCAUUGUAUGUGGUGAAAAUGGUGGAAUAUUUGUGUCUAAAGUGACUGGUGGCAGCAUCGCCCAUCAGGCUGGCCUUGAAUAUGGUGACCAGUUACUGGAGUUUAAUGGAAUAAAUCUGCGGAAUGCUACAGAACAGCAAGCUCGGCUGAUCAUUGGACAGCAGUGUGACACCAUAACUAUCUUAGCACAAUACAACCUACACAUGUUCCAGCUUGGCAAUCACUCAAGAUCCAGCUCCCGGCUGGAACCUGUGAGCAGUCAUUCCACUCCACAAGGCAGCGGAGGUGCAACCCCCGACAGCCAUUCCAUCAUCGAUACUGUGAGCGAACAGGAUGAAGGGACCAUGACACCUCCAUCUAAGCAGACCACUCCAACUACCAGUCCCCGCAAUUCAAUGAGGAAUUCUGUAGACACAAGUAAAGGGACGCCUGAACCUAGAACUGUUGUCAUUAAGAAGUCCCAAGUGGAACUCGGAAUCCAAAUCUGUGGUGGAAACCUGCAUGGAAUAUUUGUGUCUGAUGUAGAAGACGACAGCCCUGCCAAAGGACCCGAUGGACUGGUGCUUGGAGACAUGAUACUUGAGUAUGGAUCUGUUGACAUGCGGAAUAAAACAGCUGAGGAAGCUUACCUUGAAAUGCUCAAGCCAGGUGAAAAUGUUAGAAUAAAAGCUCAGUACAGAAUAGAAGAAUUCAACAAGAUCAAAGAGUUACCUGGAGAUGGGUUCUAUGUCAGGGCACUUUAUGACCGGCUGGCAGAAGUAGAACAGGACUUGAGUUUUAAGAAGGAUGACAUUUUGUAUGUUGAUGACACCUUGCCGCAAGGGAACUUUGGUUGCUGGAUGGCAUGGCAGCUUGAUGAAAAUGCCCAAAAGCUAGAAAGAGGACAGAUUCCCAGCAAAUACAUGAUGGAGCAGGAAUUCUAUAGGAGGCACAGCAUGUCUGAAGCUAAAGAUGAGAACAGCUCUGCAAAGACAACGUCAGCAGCAGCUCGAAGAUCAUUCUUUAGGAGGAAACAUAAACACAAACGCAGCGGGUCCAAAGAUGGAAAGGAUUUGCUAGCCCUUGAUACCAUCAGCACAGACUCCAUUCCUUUUUUGGAUGAUACUAUAAGCCUUGCUUAUCAACGAGUCCAGAAAGUGGAUUGCACGUCUCCCAGGCCUGUGCUUGUUCUGGGGCCAUUACUUGAUGCUGUGAAGGACAUGUUAGUCAAGGAAUCUCCCGGAAAAUUUUGCAGGUGUCCUCUUGAGGUGAUGAAAGCUUCUCAGCAAGCCAUCGAGCGGGGUGUGAAAGACUGUUUAUUCAUAGAUUAUAAACGUAGGAGUGGACAUUUUGAUGUGACAACUGUUGCCUCAAUAAAAGAAAUAACAGAGAAGGACUGUCACUGUCUCUUGGAUAUCGCUCCUCACGCCAUUGAGCGGCUUCACAGCAUUCACAUCUAUCCGAUUGUCAUUUUCGUUCGUUACAAAAAUGCCAAGCAGAUCAAAGAGCAAAAAGACCCCAUCUUCCUGAGGGACAAAGUUACACAGAAACAUUCCAAAGAACAAUUUGAGACUGCUCAAAAAAUAGAACAGGAAUACAGCAAGUACUUCACAGGAGUUGUCCAAGGAGGCCCACUUUUGGCCAUUUGCACUCAGAUCAUGACGACUGUUGAUCAAGAACAGAACAAAGUCCUGUGGAUCCCAGCCGGCCCUCUAUAGACAUAUGCUGUGAAGGGACUGAAAUUCUGCAACAGUUUUGUGCAUAAAACAGUUGCUGGGGGCGGUGGGAGGGUGUUUGGUACACUUAUAGCUGCCUGUAUCUUGGGUACAAAUUAGAGGUCGUCAUGAACAACAUCAUCUGUGAGGUGUGCGUGGAAGGCAGUAACCCUUUCACUGGUAGAAUUCUUGUACAUUUGUUCCUAUACAAAUGGAUGAAUACAGAUUUUCUUUUUUUUUCAUAAGACUUUGUGAUGCUGCAAAAGAGAAAGAGAGAAACCCUUUAGGAUACGUUUACAAAACCUCUUCACCCUUUCCCAAAUAUUUGGUGGUUCAUGUUUACUUGAAUUAUUAUUAUUAUUACUUUUGCACGCAAUCUGUUUGGGUGUCCCCCCCGCUUAUUUCUUCUCUGCUUCUCAUACAAAGAAAACCAAACAAAACUGUGUGGAGUUUCUGCUUAACUGAGUGAGAAUGACUUUUCCAUGAAGUGUGGUUCUGUCCUUCAAUAACAGCCGUUUUACAUCAGAACAAUCACAUGAAUUGUGAAUCGGUUUUCUCAUAGGUACACGUUUUCAGAGUGAAUCCAGGGAGAGGAGCACUCCUCCAGUACAUGGGUCAGGCCACUGUUCGUAUCUCAAACCUUUUUGUCUGUUUAAAAAGUUACUGGCUUCUUUUAUGCAUGGGUUAAUAUUUAAAUGUCAUGGUGUAUCUGAUCAAACUGCUCAUUGUGUAUUCAAACUUAAUUCUUGGGUUGCUGGGCCCACAUUAAGCAGUAAAUCAUAAGGGUUAAUAGGUGGGCCUAGAGACUACUUUAUUUAAUCAUGUGUAGGUAGUCUAUGUAAUUGGAGGCUUACAGUGCUCAAGCUUUGUUCUUUUGGUGUGUAAUAUCCAUAGGGAUUUUUAUUUAAUUAGAAAAGCCGUCUGUGUCCAAGGGAUCUGAAAACCUCUAGCAUGGUCCCGCAACUCUUAGUUUUGCCACUGUCAACAAAUGUAGUGUGUGUUUAUUUUUCUUAUAUUUGUUACAAUUUGUAUCUUCCGACAGUACCAAAUUCCAUUAUAUGUUUCUUUUUGCACUUCUGAUUUCAUUUUCCAACCAUGUGUGUUUAUUUUUUCCUUCGUAAUGAAAUGCAUGUCAUGUUUUGCAGGUACUGUAAUGUUGCUGUUCCAGUAUCAUUUGAGUAGCGUGGUGUUUGUGAUGACUGUUCCUAACAUUUCAUUAUGUACAUAGAUUUUUCUUUCAAUUUUUUUUCCUUCAGUUUUUUAGUUUUUGCUUUUUAUUUGCAUUAAUUAAAAGGGAUUCUUGCACAGUCGUUCAAAGACAAAAUUUGGUUGGAAAUUUAAACAUCUGUUUUGCAGAUACUGUUUUAUAGUACAAAAUACAGGAGAGAGGAAAAAAUGUAGAAAGGCUAUUGAUAAAUUCUUAGUUGAAAUACUGUUUAUAAGUUGAGGGACAACAUAUAUUUUUUUUAAAGAGGGAGGCCAGAGUUGGACUUCAGCGGUACGAUUGAAACAGACCGGUACUGUUGCAACAUGGAUUUUCUGAACUAAAAAGUCACUUUGUAUGAAAACAAAAGUUAAAGAAACUGAGUAUUGUGUUAAAUAAAGGUCAAUUUCUUAUAACUUGACUAGUAUGGAAGUGUUGCAGAUUGCCUGUUCUGACUGUUGUUCAGUUUAAUGCUAUCAGCCAUAGACCAUUACAGAAAUAAAAUGAACACAAACGAAAGUCCACAAUUAAAACAAAUCCACAGACAUUUGUAACCAUUGUUUUACAGUAAGAUGUACUUGUAUAAGCCAGUGCUGUGGAGUCAGUACGCCAAACCUUCGACUCCUCUAUUUUUCUACUGUCCGACUCCGACUCCACCCAAAAUUGCUCCUUGUCAAUCAAAAUUUAUUUGGAAGUCAGAGUCGGUACAUUUCUACUGACUCCAACUCCACCCAAAAUUGCUUCCGACUCCACCCAAAAUUGCUCCCAACUCUGACUCCACGACUCCGACUCCACAGCCCUGGUAUAAGCAUUAAUUUUCCCCCUCUGCUAGAGAGCAAAAAGAAGGCUCAAAUCACAUUUACUAUUAACCCCACAACAGUGACUACAGAAGAAAAUUCUCAGUAAAUUUGCCUUCACUUCUAACCACAAUGAAUGUAA